UUAGCGGCCUAGAAAUAUUUGUGGGAGUGCCACGUGGUGACAAUAGAUUUUUUAAAAGUUUAAUGGACUUUUUUUAAUAUAUAACAGAUAGAUAGAUAGAUUACACGUGCUACUUUGUGGCUUGUGGCUACUAAUUGUGGUGCAUAUAAAGCAUGCAGUUAUUUUUUUUUCUUUGGGAUUAUAUGUGCCGAUCCUAACAUAAAACCGGAACAUAUAGGUCUACCGUAGAUGCGCUGCCAUGCUAUAAAUACUGCGACGGAUCAUGCAAGAUUUGCCAUCCAACAAAACGUGGGUAGUGAGUAGCAGUAGUAGUAUUCAGUUGCCGUCAAUGGAGGAUUCCCCUGUGGCAGUGGCCAUCCCCUGGUUUGCCCUCGCUGCCGCUACGGCUGUGCUAGCAGGAGCUGCUUGGCUGAUAAUCCGCGCAUGCAAAGCUGAUGAAAGCUGCUGCAGGCUGCCGCCAGGGUCGAGGGGCCUCCCCCUCCUCGGCGAGUCGCUCGAGUUCUUCGCCCGGAGCCCAUCCCUUGAGUUGCUUCCAUUUCUGAAGCAACGUCUCGAGAGGUACGGCCCAAUUUUCAGGACAAACAUAAUUGCUCAAGACAUGAUCGUGUCCCUUGAUCCGGAGCUGAACAACUUGGUGUUCCAACAAGAGGAGAGGCUCUUCCAGUGUUGGUACCCGAACUCAUUCAUGAGAGUCUUCGGUGCAGAUAGCAUCAUCACGACGUUCGGGUCCUCACACAGGCACGUCAGGAACCUGGUCCUCCGGCUCUUCGGCCCUGAAAACCUCAGGCGAGCAAUGCUCCAGGAGAUGCAGAAAACGGCUCAGGCCAGCCUGCUCUCCUGGCUUGAUCGUCCGAGCAUCGAAGUGAAAGAAGAAGUCUCAAGUAUGAUAAUAUUCAGCAUAAUAGCGAAGAAGUUAAUCAGCUACGACUCUUCAGCAUCAAACGGGAAGUUGUGGAAACAGUUCGAUGCAUUCCUUCAAGGAUUACUUGCAGAUAGAAUAUGUAUAUACACGAUCGAUCAUGACAAUCAAUUCGAUCACUGUAUAUAUAUGCAGGGACGAAAAAAUGUCAUGAGGAUGUUGAGAGAAUUGCUCGACGAGAGGAAGAAGAAGACAGCACAUCAAUUGGAAAGCAUCGACUUCUUCGAUGCUUUGAUUGAUGAGCUGAAGCAGGAGAAGCCUGCAGUGAGUGAGAACGUCGCGUUGGAUCUGCUCUUCUUGCUGUUGUUCGCUAGCUUCGAGACCACCUCAUCCGGGAUCACCGCGAUACUCAGGUUUCUAACGGACAAUCCAAUGGCUUUGGAAGAACUAACAGAGGAGCAUGAUCGCAUCCUGAAACGAAAGGCCGAUCCAAACUCCCAAAUCACAUGGGAGGAAUACAAGUCUAUGAAAUUCACAUCUCAUGCUACACUAUCCCAAAAGGAUCAAAGAUCAUGCUUAGUCCUUCCAAUAUUCAUCUGAAUCCUACGGUAUAUAAGGACCCCAAUGAAUUCAAUCCUUGGAGAUGGAAGGUUUGUGGUGAAAUUCAAAGCAACUUAUAAUUUUUCCGUCUCUCUAAAAUAAAAUUCUGCAUGUAUAUUAUUACUAUCACUGGUGGAGAAACCAUCUUUCGUUGGUCGGGCUAAUUCCAUAAUAGUCCCGGUUGCAACAAA